AUGUCUAGCACUAACCAGGAUGGAGACACCAGCAACCACGACCAAAUAUUCGUGAAUGAAGAACAAGUACGCCAGUCAUCUAAUUCAGGAAACGAUAAAUGUGGUCCAGGCGAGGACAAGGAAAAGAAGAAGAAUGUGAAUGCGAUGGAAUGGGAUGGCCCUGACGAUUCGCGAAACCCAAGAAAAUUCUCUACGACGAGAAAGGUGUAUAUUACCGGCAACCUGGCGAUGCUGACCUUCCUCGCCACAUUUGCAUCAUCGAUCCUCAGCCCUGCAAACCAGGUUUUGUCCACAGAGUUUGGAAUAUCAAGCGAAGUCUCUAUUCUUGCGACCGCUUUAUACGUGCUAGGCUUUGCGUUUGGCCCAACGGUCUUCGGACCUGCGUCUGAGGUUCUCGGUCGCAGAAAUCCUCUCAGUGUUGGCAUGUUUAUGUUUGCUAUCUUCACGAUUCCAGUCGCUAGAGCACAGAACCCGGCAACGAUCUUCACUUGUCGCUUCAUUAGCGGAGUCUUUGCGUCUGCACCGCUAGCAAUUAAAUCCAAGGCAGGAGGCGGCCUCGCUGAUCUUUAUGAUACUCUCCCUCGAGGAAUCGCGGUCGCUGGAUUCGCGAGCGCGACUUUUCUGGGUCCUGUGCUCGGACCUAUUGCUGACUGUGAUGCAGUUGGCGGCUUUGUCACCAUGUCGCAUCUGGGCUGGCGUUGGACACAAUGGCUUCUUCUGAUAUUGGGCAUAUCCUCUGUGCUGCUAUACUUCUUCACUGUCCCUGAGACCUACAGCCCCGUCCUCUUAUCUCGACGUACGAAGCAGACCCUUCUUGAAAAUCGGAAUGUGGCUAUUCAGGCAGAGGCGAACAGGAAGCCGAUCAAUUUGAGAGAUCUUUCUCGAAAAUACAUACUAAAGCCGUGGAUUAUGAUUGCGCAAGAACCUAUACUCGCCCUCAUUACCCUCCACAUGGGAUUUGUCUUUGCCUUUUUAUACCUGUGUUUUGAGGCUUAUCCUAUUGCAUUUGAGCAGCACCGUGGCUGGAACAUCGGAGUGGGCGCUCUUCCGUUCCUUGCCGUUACCGCAGGUGUACUCGUGGGUGUUGCAAUUAUCAUCUUCCAUACGAAGACCCGCAUGCAGCGGAGGCUGCAGAUCCAUGGUGAAGUACCUGAGGAGCGUUUGAUACCUAUGAUGCUCGGUAGCCUCUUCCUAGCAAUAGGAAUGUUUUGGUUUGGAUGGACAUCUGAUCCAGACAUCACCUGGGGACUGAAUUACUUGAUCGACGUUUACAAGAUGAACGCCAAUUCGGCCAUUUCCAUCAACGCUAUGUUCCGCGGCGUUCUGGCUGCUGGCUUCCCCAUGUUUGCUCCUUACAUGGUAUCAAACCCAAGGUAUCGCUCUAUGGACUACUAG